AUGAGGAAGGAACUCUCCUCUUUUAUUCAAGGCCGUUACUCCUGGUAUGCGAACAGCCAGCGUUCUUUUGACGGCCGAGAAGACGCGGAGCAAUAUGCUUCUUCGUCUUCUAGAAGAUGGCAUCCAAACACCCCGCCGGUGUCCAACGCGGAAUUCGAAAAUUGUCCCUACAAUUACACUGACUACGAGGCCAUGUCGACAAAUUACACCUCGUCUCCAGUCGUGGUGUCCCCACGAGGUUGGUCUGCCGCCUCUGAUCAAUCGGACUGGAAUUCCCCCAUCGAACAGUCUCGCCAUCAGGCGCUCUCGAACGAUGGCCGGCCUCUUCAUAGCCCCUUGUCCUGCGAUCUCCCUGAGAUUUCUGACGUGAACAUUGCGCUCAACUACCCGCGCUAUUACCAUGAGUUCGAAUCAGAACCCCCCGACUUGAUUCGAAAGCCUCACCCAGCGCCCGUGCUCUCAGAUACGCCGCCUCAUAGCAGCAUACCAGGCGCCGACGUCAACCCAUCAAACAUAUUCUCAUCUAUGAGGGACCAGUCAUGCGCGAAAGAAGGAUCCCAAUUCAUUAUUCCUGGGCAAGCUCCCUCUGCAACAGCAAACUCGCGGGCCAUGGACGCCUCGAAAAAUGGCGAGCCUUAUGCUAGGCUGAUCUAUCGAGCCUUCAUGAGUGUCCCUAGUCAUGCCAUGACUCUGCAGGAGAUAUACGAGUGGUUUCGCGUGAACACUGACAAGGCGAACAGCCCCGGGAAAGAUGGAUGGAAGAACAGUAUCCGCCAUAACCUCAGCAUGAACCACGCCUUUGUGAGGAGGGAAAAGAUUCAAGACACGGAAUUAGGAGCAGGUGGUCCUCUCCCCAUCCCUCAGCCCGCAGGCGACGCGAGAAAAUCGACAGAAUGGGUGCUCGAAGAUUGGGCUCUCCGCGAUGGCGUGAUCUCUCAACAAAUGAACAUGCUCGAUCUGCAGAUGGGCACGAAUUCGGGCCAGGCCCCAUAUCGGUUCUCACAGCAUCACCAGCACCAGCAGCUGCCUCUUGCGUCCGAGCAAGUCGUCAUGUACGAGCAAGCAUACUCCAAUCAACCGCCUCCGCACGGCGAGGCUGGGCUCGCUUCGCCCUUGGACCCUGAGGGUGUACCGGCUGGUCUGGACUUCGGGCUGCCCGGUCCCAAUACGGUUGCUUCUGUCGGCUCGCUCCAACAACCGGAUGCGUACGACUUUCCACAGUACAGCCUCAGCGAUGUAGGGUGUGUGUAUCCCGCGAGUCGUUUUUCUGAGGGUGGAAACACGCUUUACAUUUGGGGUCAGGGCAGCUAUCAGACGCCCAGCGGCAAUUGCAGUCCUGCCACGCCAUGA